AUGGCUGGUGUUUUAAAGACAGUUGGUGACUAUUUUGAAUUAGACAAGUAUCAAAAUGAGAUAGCUCCAUUCGUAAAGGAGAACUAUGAUAUGUUAUAAAAGAUGGUUUAGACUAAAGAGAAGGAAUGUUUGAACAAGAAUUUAGAUAAUGAGUAGAAAUACAUUGAAUGUAUGUAAAAGUCUGCUGAGCGAUCAGAAAGAGCAUUAAAAAAACUUGAAUAUGGAAUUAUGUAUUGGAAAUAAAAAACAUACGAGUGUUUUCAUAAUGAAGCCUACAAAGAUAAGGAAUUUAAGAAUUUUGAGAGAUGCAAACCAAUUGCUAAUCGAGAAUUAUAAGAAGUCUUUUCAAGUUUUAGGUUGUGA